AAGGUGGCAGGAGUCGGUAUGCAUGUAUUGCGGGAAAUAUCAGCUCGCCGUGAAGUGCUUCCUGGAUGUAGGAGCGUGCCGCGAACAGCCUUUCUCGUCGCCAGCAGCCAAGAAAAUGCAAAUACUACGGCAAUUAGAUGUACAUCCGAAAGUGCGCGAGGAGGCUGACAUUCUUGUGAGGACUUUCAGCGGUGCCAUCGUUACAAUUAUUAGUACAAUCAUCAUGGGUAUACUCUUUAUGUCAGAAGUGAACUAUUAUCUUACACCGACAAUGAGUGAAGAAUUAUUUGUGGACACAUCGAGAGGUUCUAAAUUGCGAAUUAACUUAGAUAUAAUAGUUCCCACAAUAUCUUGCGAUCUUUUAUCAAUAGAUGCAAUGGAUACGACAGGUGAACAGCAUUUACAAAUAGAGCACAAUAUUUUUAAAAGGCGGUUAGAUUUAAAUGGUAAACCCAUGGAGGAUCCACAAAGAACAAAUGUUACAGAUGCAAAGGUUGUCAGUAAAACUACAGAAAAGGCAGUGGAGAUUGGUUCUACCACAGAAACUUGUGGAGAUUGUUAUGGAGCAGCCACGGAAUUAAUAAAAUGUUGCAACACUUGUGAGGAAGUGCGGGAAGCCUAUAGACUUAAAAAGUGGGCCCUUCCUGACCCGGCUAAUGUUAAACAAUGUCAAAACGACAAAUCGAUGGAAAAAAUUAAACAUGCCUUUACACAAGGCUGUCAAAUUUAUGGUUAUAUGGAAGUGAAUAGAGUUGGUGGAAGUUUUCACAUUGCGCCAGGAGACAGCUUUUCUGUGAAUCAUGUUCACGCGCAUGAUGUUCAACCUUACACUUCAACUCAUUUCAAUAUGACAUAUAAGAUUAGGCAUUUAAGUUUUGGGCUCAAUAUUCCUGGAAAAACAAAUCCUAUAGAUGAUACUACUGUAGUCGCCAAGGAAGGUGCUAUGAUGUUUUAUCAUUAUAUCAAAAUCGUUCCGACGACAUACGUCCGUGCUGAUGGUUCAACCCUUUUUACAAAUCAAUUCUCCGUAACGCGACAUGCAAAGCAAAUAUCUCUAUUAACUGGCGAAUCUGGGAUGCCGGGUAUAUUCUUCAAUUAUGAGCUAAGUCCACUCAUGGUAAAGUACACAGAAAAGGCAAAAUCAUUCGGGCACUUUGCGACGAACACUUGCGCAAUCAUUGGCGGUGUAUUUACCGUUGCCGGAUUGAUCGAUUCGUUGCUGUAUCAUUCAGUGCGUGCAAUACAGAAGAAAAUAGAAUUAGGAAAGUACAAUUAAUACUUACAUCUGACUGUAGCAACAUUGAUUACUGUUAAUCCUAACUCUAUUUCUUCGUAGAUACAAACGCGUUUGGACAUGAAACUUUCAGAAGUUCAAUGUCAAGUAAAGUUGUGAAAAUGAUUUAGGAUUAAUAUUAAUCUCUAAUGCGACGAGUCUUAGGUAAAUGAUUUAAGAACUAUGGCAAGUAUUAUUAAUUAUGGUUCUGCGGGAGCAUCAAUUUUCCAUCGAAGAUUGAACUUUUUGACA